AUAAUGUAUCUCAGUGGGAGGGGACGGUUUCGGAGGUUGACUGUGGUGAGUUGCGUGCGUCACGUUGUGAAUUGAAAACCGAGGACAUGGUCUGAAUGGCUGUUUUUACAGUCACUGGAAUACGUUUUCAGGAACCGAUCAACAGCAACAAGCAUGGCUGGGAAACCUUUCCGUGCCACCUUUAUCUGGAGCAGCAUCAUCUCCAAUCUUAACUCGCGGGUGGAGGUCAAGCGCCGGCGACACAACCUCAAGUCCUACCCUGACUGCUUCCUGGGCUCAGAGGCCGUGGACGUGGUGCUGGCACACAUCUCCCUGAGCCGCUUCUUUGGUGACAAGGAGGUGCCGCGCUACAAGGCUGUCCGUCUCUGUCAGGCCCUGAUGGACUCCAGGGUGUUUGAGCCUGUGGGCAUUAAAGUAUUUGGGAAGGAAAAGAAGCCCGCAACAUUUGAGGACAGUAGUUGCAGUUUGUACAGGUUCCUAAGUCCGACGAGCGUCUCUUCAUCGUCUCCGACCAACACCAACUCUUACUCUACCAGCACCAUCGAGAGCGGCUAUGACUCUCCGGGCAUGAACAGGAACAGCUACAAUCCAUCACGUGAAAGACUAGAGGUGCAGAGCUACUCAACCCACUCUCCUGUAAAAUCUGACAAAUCAGUGGAGGACGUCCUGGGAAACCUCAACCUCAGCUCCUCCAUCACCCCUCAGAUGAUCAACCUCGGCCUCUCACAAGAACUUGUUGAUGAGGUGUGGCAGCAGCAGGCGGUGUUCAGGCUGUUGCAGCUGAUAGAGCUCCCCCUGUUGGAGAACCUGUUAGAGGGUAAAGAAGCAUCAAGGCCUCCCCUGCACAGCAUGGACAGCGACCCGGAUCUGUUGUAUACAUCUAGCUACCUAGACCGAGAAGUUCUCAAGGCCUUCAGUGAAGCACAGGAUGAUGAGUGGCUGUCCGGAGCGGUAGACUGUCUAGAGUUCCUGCCCGAUGAACUGGUGGUGGAGGUCAGUCGAGGUUUGGCCGGUUGUGCCGAUGACCUGCUACGGUGUAAGAGUCUGCUCUACGAGAUCUUGGUACAGCAUUACGGACACACGCAGGAGUCUCCUCUGCUCAGCAACAACGUCUUCGACAUCCACUCUGGCAUCUCGGAGUUACUCGUGAAUGGCAAGCAGGAGCAGGCUCUGGAGUCUCUGCAGCUGAGCUUGAAGCUGCAGGACUCCCGCAGCAGGGAGGAGCUGCGCUGUCUCCUGAGAUUCAUGGCUGUCGCAGCCAAACCACAGGAGGUCAAACUGCACAAAGAGAUUGAGAACAGAAUGGCGGUAAAAAGGUCUUUCUCAAGUGCCAUCGUCUACAGCAGAAGACUCUCCAAAGGAAAGGUGGACUUGAUGGUUCUGUUCAUGAUGGAUAACUACUGUGAUCUGUUCAAGAUUCCUGUUUCAUUACACAAAAUGGUCAGUGACAGAAUAAUACAUAUUGUGAAAGGCAAGGAUCCAGAUGUGACAACAGGAUCUUCAUACUGCACAAGAGUGAGCUCUAAGGCCUAUUCGGAAAACGCACAAAAAACCACUAAAGAGGAACUUUGGUCCUUACUCCAGACAGUCCACGAGAACCCAAAACUCUCCUCCAAAGAAAAGAGACGGCUGCUUGGACAGUUUUACAAAGGCCAUCCUGAGAUUUUUGUUCAGUACUUUGGAAAUAGAUUGUCCAGUGUCAACAUGUUGCUACGGUAAUAUUUGUUAGUUUAACAAUAUAUGUAUAAUUAUGUAAAAAUACGUACAUGUAAGAAGCUAAUGUGAUUUAAAAGAGGUGCAGAUGUGCCGUUAGUAAGUGGAUUAUAUUUGCUUCUACGUAAAUGCAUUAGACUACUGGAAAAAAUGUGAAUUAUCAAAUGUGGAGACUCGUAAUGAGCUACGAUAUUUAGGGCAUAUUUCAUUUUUUCUAUAUUUUCUUUGGUGCAGGACACUAACUUCAAAUGUCCUUGUCCGUUAUUUACGUGUCUGUUACUUUUCCAUUACGACAACAUGAACCAAGUGUUCCUGAGAGUAUUGUUUUUAAUGUUUUCAUGCUGCAGUGUGUCUUGAUGGAAUUCAGACUGCAUAUAUCCCAUUUUAAUGGAUGUAUUUUUGUGCUAUAGUGCAAUAGGAACAGUGUUUGCAUACAAAUAUCCUGUUCAUGUGGUUUCUCAUACACAAUGUGAUGCACAGUAGAGGUAUGCAUAGAAGGAAAUUUGAACCUGGAAAUUUGAAAGUCUGAUGUUAUUCUGUAGCAAACUGAGGCAUUUAUGUGAAUCAGCCCUCUGGGUUUAUGUGUUGCAACAUUUCAGAAAAACAGAUGUUUGAAUGUUUUUAUAUUUUAUUUAAACCCUAUCCACGUUUUAGUGGUAUCUUUAGGGUUCUGUUUUGACAAAGGUUUAUUUAUUCCUUAUAAUAAAAUGAGGAAAUCACUUCCAUAUUUCUAGGUGACAAAUUCAUCCCUGGACUAAGUUUUAAACCACUCACAUCUUGUUUGUAUUUUGGAAAGUUUAAUAAAAGGCAACUGGAAUUGUCAAACAUUCAAA